GACUCAAUCGAAAGCAGGGAGCAGCAAAAUGGCUGAGAAUCCUGAACUGUUCUGUUGCUCGAUCUGCCUGGGUUUUCUGAAGGACCCAGUGACUACUGCAUGUGGUCACAGCUACUGUAUGGGCUGUAUCAAUGACUACUGGGAUCAGGAUUAUCUGAAAAAGGUCUACAACUGUCCCCAGUGCAGACAGACCUUCACACCGAGACCUAUUCUGAAGAAAAACACAUUGCUGGCUGAAUUGGUGGGGAAUUUGAGUGGGGCAGAUUUCCAAGAAUCCUCUCCUUCUCACUGUUACGCUGAACCUGGUGACGUGGAGUGUGAUGUCUGCAUUGGGAGAAAACACAAAGCUUCCAAGUCCUGUCUGGUGUGUCUGGCCUCUUACUGUGAGACUCACCUCCAGCCUCACUAUCAGGUGACUCCACUGAAGAAGCACAGACUCGUCAAGGCAUUGACACGAUUACAGGAGAAGAUCUGCUCUCGUCAUGACAAACUGCUGGAGGUUUACUGUCGUACCGAUCGGCAGUGUAUCUGUUACCAGUGUGUGAUGGGUGAACAUAAAGGCCAUGACACAGUGUCAGUUGCAGAAGAAAGAACUAAGAAACAGAAACUGUUGGGGAAAAGCCAAGACGAAGUGCAGCAGAGAGCCCAGCGUGGAAAGAAGGAAGAGCAGGAGCUGAGACAGGCGGUGGAUGCCCUCAAGGACUGUUCGUGGGUGACGGUGGAGAACUUCGAGAGGACAUGCACUGUCCAAACCCUCGUGUUUAUCCGCUCAAUCCAGAGAAAGCGCGAUGAGUUGAAGGAGCAGAUCAGGGCCUGUGAGAAGGCCGGAGCGAGUCGAGCUGAAGGUCUGCUGAAACAGCUGGAGAAGGAGGACGCUGGGCUGAAGAGGAGACACGCUGAGCUGGAGCAGCUCUCAAACACUGAAGAUCACAUCCAUUUUCUCCAGAAUUUCGACCCUCUUUGUGACCUUCCUGGAACUAUGGCCUUUCCUAGCAGUUUUGAAGCAGUGAAGAAAUUUGUCUCUGAACAGAAAAAGAGAAUGGAAGAUAUCUACAAGGACAACACCACCAAGAUACUGGAUAGUCUUGAAAAAAAUCUGUUGACAAUGCCACCUUCACCAUCCAAGCCAGAGUACAUAACAAGAAGCCAUUUCUGGAUUUACUCCUGCUAUUCAACAAUGGAAGUGAAUCCCUACACAGCAUGUGGGACCCUCACUCUGUCCAACGGAAACAAGGAGAUCGGGUGGAGCGAGAACCAACAGGCCUAUUCAGACCAUCCAGACAGGUUCAGCUACUACAACCAGGCUCUGUGUAAAGUGGGUCUGUCUGAAACCUCCUACUGGGAGGUAGAGUGGAGUGGAGGCAUCGUCGAUGUGGCAGUUUCCUACCACGGCAUCGGUCGGAAGGGCUGGGGCAAUGACUGUUGCUUUGGACACAAUGAGCAGUCCUGGAGUUUGGUGUGCGCUCCGUCCAGCUGUUCAUUCUGGCACAAUAAUAACAGCAAAACCAAAAUCCCAAUCCCUCGCUCUUCCAGAGUAGGAGUGUAUCUGGACCACAGGGCAGGUAUUCUGUCCUUCUACAGCAUCUCUGGCACAAUGACCCUCCUCCACAGAGUGCAGACUAUAUUCACGGAGCCCCUCUAUCCUGGGUUUGGAUUGGAAUUAGGAUCAUCUCUGAAGAUAUGCCACCUGCCAGUAAUGCAAUGAUCACCCAGACCCCUCCUGCUAUAUCUAUCUACCUGUAUAUAUUGAUAUACAGUGUGUAUAUAUGUAUACACACACGCACUUACCCUAAACUUACUUAAUAGGUUAUUUUGUUAAUUUUUGCCAGAUCUCUUUGUAAAAGCUGCACACUGUUUACAGGUAAUGUCAAUUUGAUUGAGCAAAUUCAUUUAGAUUUAUUAUAGAGGAUUCCAGCUAUUGACCACUUACAGAACCUAAUUUUCUGUUUGUCCAAAUGUAUACUGUAUAUGGACAGAAGCUUAUUAGAUGCUUUACAGGUUUUUGUUUUUAUUAAGAUCAACAAAUAAAAUUGAGGUAAGAAA